UUUUUAUAUUUAGUCUGAUGUUUCAAUUAAACAUUUAUUAUUUACAUUAAUAAUAAAGUAAAAUUAUUCUGUUUGAUUAGCAGUAUAUAUUUAAAUAUUAAAAAACUUCGGAAUAAAAUUUGAUGUUUAAACUAAAAUAGUUAACUUUACAAAUUUUUAUCCUUUUGGUAAAUACUUAUCAAAGCUUAUAAUAUUCAAUAAAUUUGUGACUGACUCUCCUUCACUGCUAUCAACAUAAAACUUUCGUAAUUUACCAUCACUUCCGCUCAAUGCUGCAUAAAUAUAAGGCGCUUUUGUUCCGCUUUGCCAAGGAAUCGAAAUAUUAUUGGCAACUAAAUAACUUUUUUAAUUUCUUCCUAAAUCUCCUUAUAUAGAACAAAAAAAACCAUAUCGAUGUUUUAACAAAACAUUUUAAAAAUAAGAAAAUCGAACACAUUUUUCAUCACCCAAAAUUUUGAAAUCGGGAUUAUUUUGAAUAUUAAAAUUUAAAUCUUUUGCGAAAUCAUGUUCAGAUACAAAAGAAAUCGAAGCUCCCAAAUUAUCAUUUAAAUUAGCCUCAAAAUUUAAGGGUAAACCAUCACGAUCAUUUUCUUUAGUUUAUGUAUGGUAAACAUAUAUUUUUGCAUUAGUAGUUUUUCCUGUUUAUUGUUUUUAAAAGUCUAUUUUGUAAUACUGUCCACUUAUUUUUUCAUAAAAAAAUUAAUUAAAUUAAUUCAAGUAAUCAUUAUUUGAUUUAAAAUUGCUAAAAAUAUGUUGGAAAGAUUUUGUAAAUCCUAUUAUUUAAUUUUAAUCGGUUUCAAAACCUAUUUAAAAUUUUACAGUUUAUUUCCCAUCUGCACCAGCUGGAACAGCUAAGUUGAUUUUAGAAUUGAAAUUUUAUAAAGGAACUACUAUAAGGAAUUAGUUCAUAUUAUUUAUUUAACUCAUGUCAAUUUUAAUUUCCACUCUAUCCCAAAAAUGGAACCUUAAACUAUCCCUAUUUCCUUGUUUUUUAUAACAAAUAUUAUUUCUAGAUAUUGAAACACCACAGCUUAUUUCUUCGCCGUCUUGUUCUUUUGUAAGAAAUUACAUAUAGUCAAAAAAUAUUAAUAAAUUUAUAUUUUUAUUUGAAGUUUUUAUCAAUUUUAGUUCAUCGGCUGUUAAAUAUCCAGAUACUCUUAUAAAUGUUGGAAAAUAUU